GGUCCAUCAGGCGUCCCCGUUGCAUAGAAACGAAAACAGACAUAGGCGUCUUGAAACAUGCACGCCUUUAAUAUCUGGCUUGCCUUGAUGAGUGUAGAGCAUCUACUAGCGAACCUCUCCUUGUGAUAGACAAAACAUAAUGUACACAAGACAGACAGACUCCGGCAUCUGGAUAAGUACCAUUGUUUAACAAAGUCUUAUCAACGCGACGUCAGUUUGCGACGUUAGCCGAUCGGUAAUUAGCAGCCGAUGGAGGUGCAUUGUGAAGUUAACAGUAAUCAUUCGAGACUUUUAAAAAGACAAAUGUAAUCAGUUACCGUGUCUGUGCCGUUCUCAGCUUUAGGAAGCAUCAGUUUUGUCGAUGUGAGGAGGACAGACGAACCGAUGAAAUUAGCGGUCUCGAGCCGAACCACACCAUGUUCACCUCAGCUAACCGAUGGGAAGCUAACCUAGCUAACGCUCAUUUCCGUUGCCAGAAGCCGUCGGAUGCUAGCUCUCCUGUCGGAGCUUAGAUCAUUGUUUCCAGGUAACGUCAUUGAUCAAUGCUGGCUUAUACAACCAUCCCAAUCAAAGCGGAACAAAGUUUAAAAAGAGAGUGACGUUAAAAUGGCUGGCGACAUUGGCAGCAUCCCUGAACUGGACCAAAAAAAAUACGAUUCAGACGAACAGGUGAAGAUCAUCUGUCUGGGUGACAGCGCAGUCGGUAAAUCGAAGCUGAUGGAGAGGUUUCUCAUGGACGAAUAUCGUCCCCAGCAGUUGUCGACCUACGCUUUGACUCUCUACAAACACACAGCCACUGUAGGAAACAAGACUGUAGCAGUAGAUUUCUGGGAUACCGCUGGUCAGGAGAGAUUCCAGAGCAUGCAUCCUUCGUACUACCACAAAGCACAUGCGUGCAUCAUGGUUUUUGAUGUUCAAAGGAAGAUCACGUAUAAGAAUCUGGCCAGCUGGUAUAAGGAGCUGAGAGAGUACAGACCGGAGAUACCCUGUUGUGUGGUUGCCAACAAAAUUGAUGCUGAUUUGAAGGUCACACAGAGAAGCUUCAACUUUGGGAAGAAGCAAGGACUCCCAUUUUACUUUGUAUCAGCGGCUGAUGGGACUAAUGUUGUUAAGAUGUUCAGAGAGAUGAUGAAGAGGGCAGUGGACUACAAGCAAAACCCCAGCGACUUCAUGGAUGAAGUGAUGCAAGAAUUAGAGAACUUUGACCUGGAGAAGAAGGAAGAUAAUUCAGAAGCAGAUGAGGACGCAUUGAAAGCAGAGAAUCCAGAGGUGGUCUGACGUAUGUUUACAAGUCCUCCAAACCCUCUUGUCGUCUCAUGGAUAAGUUAUCCUCCUGUCGAUGCUCUCUACAGCCACAUCGUUUGUCCUGAUGUCAUUUUGGUGAUGGGUUUUCAUACCACUGGAGGUUGGCAGGCUUUUAGUCAGGUUUUAAGUCACUGCCCUCCUUCUGUCCAAUGACUCUGGCAGGCAGGGAAGUAAACCUGGUGGAAUAAAUAGGAAUUGUGUUGUUUUAAUAAAGUUUAUUUAGCUGCUCUUUUAGACUUGUCAUUCAUACUUCUAACAAUAUCAACUAUAAAAAUCCCACAGUGAGGCUGAAUGUGUAUUAUUUUGUAAUAAGAAUGUGAAGCAUCUCAAGCAUCUCAAAGAGAACGUGUAAUUAUGAACUGUAUUUGCUGCUGUCCUCCAUGUUUGUUCGUACUGUUGUGUGCAAUGCCAGCGGGGAGCUGCAUCUGUUGGCUGCUUUUGUGAUGUAAAGUCUGCUUUCAGCACCCUUUAAAUGAAAAGUUAAUGUACCAUGUAACCAAAUUGUUAUCAUGUCUCUUUCUGACUUGCUGUGUUGCAGCAGUAGGCACAAGAGCAGUAAGUUGUCAACUUCAGCACAUUAUAAGAUACAGCUGCCAGUCAUACAUGAGUAGACAUCAGCCGUGUCCUUCAUGAUGGUUUCCAGGUGAUUGUGUGUAUAUUCAUGAGCAGAAAUGUUGCCUUGAACAUUAAACCAGUUUUCUGGCAGAA